UACCCCGUAUAUACUGCUGUAUAGGAGUCUAAAUCGAUCUAAGCCCACGAUAUAAUCCUCUAAAACCCUAACAUCGCAAUUUCUCUACAUUCCGCCACAUCGCCACUCAACUAUGGCAUGCACAAUCGAUUUCAGGAACCUGGACGAAGGUUUCGGCGGCAAGACCUACAAGCGAAAGCGCCAAGAGUCAGAAAACGCCGCCCUGACCACUGCCAUCAACACGGAAGACCAUGCCUGCAUGGACGUAGAGGACGACACGUGUCCACCCGCCGCAAAGCGAUCUGCCAUCGCGUCCUCUGACAAUCCUGAUAAACCGACCUUCGGUCAGCCUACAUAUGACGGCGUGAUCGCCGGAAAAGUGUCGGGAAGGAAAUGGAAGCAGGUGCGUAAACAACGGGCGUCGGCGAGGAAGAUGAGCGUGAGAACAACGAGUUUGGAGGAAAGAGAGAAGGAGAAGUUGAUCAAGAAAGCGUAUAAAGAGAGGAUGAAUGAAUUGAAGGAAGAGAUUAGACAGAAUAAGAUAGAGAAGAGGAAGAAAGCUGAGGAGAGAAAAAAAAGGAAGGAAGAGAACAUAAUGAAAUCUGGAACUAAGUUUCAGGUCAUAUCUAAUAAGAAUACGCUCAAGAAAAUUGCCAAGUCUAAGGACAAGAAGCUGCUCAAGGUUGUACCCGAAGAUUUCGUCAACAAGAAUAAGAAGAAAUAGUUCCUAUUUUACUUCUGUUUUUAUGCUUUUGUUGUUGUUAUCAAUUGAAUUUUGAAGUUUUCAUUU